UUCAAUACAAUUUAACAUGGUAUCAAGAGCCUUGUGAGAUCCACAAAUUUUUUUUUUCAGCUUCAUUUUUCAUAAAUAUAGUUCGUAUUUGUGAGUUCUUUGAGUGAUUUUCAUAAAUCAAUUCAAUUUGUUUUUUGCGUGAGCUUGAGAGAUGCCAGGGGAUGAAGGAAAAUCGAAGGUCGACUUGACCUUUCACCUAGGUUCGAGUGAUGGACCGGGCAACGUGAUCACUCCUAUUCAAUUAAAGGGUGAUAAUUAUGAUGAAUGGGCUAGGGCUGUGAGGACAGCUCUAAAGGCAAAGAGGAAGUUCGGUUUUAUUGAUGGCACGGUUGUGAAACCGACUGAAUCCGAGAAGCUUGAGGAUUGGGUGGUCGUUCAAUCUAUGUUGGUUUCUUGGUUGUCAAAUACCUUGGAUCCGAUUGUCCGCUCCACGAUUGGUGAUUAUGAUGAUGCUUGCUUGCUUUGGAAGAAUUUGAAGAAUAGAUUCUGUGUGGUCAGUGGCACUCGUGUGUGUCAAUUGAAGCGUCCGUUGGGUGAAUGUAAGCAAGGGUCCAAUGAGGCAGUGGCUGUGUAUUUUGGUCGAUUAUCGAAAAUUUGGGAUGAAUUGACUUUGUAUGUGUCUGUUCCGAAGUGCUCGUGUGGUGCCUGCACGUGUAACAUUGUCGCACAGGUUGAGAAGAUCAGAGAACAAGAUUAUGUCCAUCACUUUCUCAUCGGUUUGGACGAUGCUUAUGCAUCGAUUCGAGGCCAACUCUUGGCGCAAGAACCACUACCGAGCGUGGCCAGGGCUUAUCAGCAAUUGGUUCAGGCGGAGCAGCUGCGUGGGGGUGAAACAACCCGUGAUAAUACUCGUGAUAAUGCUGUAGCCUUCAAGCUUCAAUACGAACCGAAGGUCAAAACUCGUGACACCUCUGAUAAAUUUUGUGUGCAUUGUAACCGUGAAGGGCACGAUGAGGCAACGCGCUUUCAACUGCACGGUUUUCCUGAUUGGUGGGGUGACAGGCCUCGAGGAGGCCAUGGCCCGGGACGUGGUGCUGCUGCAGGUCGUGGAGGACGUGCAGGGGGGCGAGGCAGAGGGACGAACUCCUCUGUGCGUGCCAACAAAACUAGUGGGCAGGCUGGUUCACAGGGCAGCAGCUCUGCUGCUCCUAAUUCGAGUGAUGGGGCAGCUUUGGCAGGGGUUUCGGCAGCUCAGAUUCAGCAGCUCCUUGAUCAUCUAAACUCACUUAAAUCCAAAUUGCACGGACCUAACGAAGAGGAAGGUGAUUGGAGCGGGUGAACGUGUGGAUGGACUUUAUUAUUUUCGAGGUGUUCCAACAGUGAAGACUUUGAAGACGGAUGGGGAUCAAUCUACAAAGUUGUGGCAUCAACGUUUGGGGCAUCCUUCGGGAAAAGUUCUUGAGCAACUUCCGUUUGUGAGUCGUAGUAGUAGAUUUAAAUCCUGUGAUGUAUGUCCUAGGGAAAAACAACAUAGGAGUAGCUUUCCUUUGAGUCAAAAUAAAGCUAGUCGGAUAUUUGAGCUAGUGCAUUUAGAUUUGUGGGGACCCUACAAGACUCCAUCGUCUUGUGGUUCUUAUUAUUUUUUAACUAUUGUUGAUGAUUACUCUAGGGGUGUGUGGACUUAUUUAUUGAGAAAUAAAACGGAAGUUGAAUA